GAUGAGCAGCGAACGACAGCAGAUCUACUGAAACAAAAGGGAGCCGAAAACUGAAGCCAUAAAUAAAGUGACAUUUCGAAGCAUACGCCUGGGAGAGAGCUGAGGCAAAAAGAAAACCUGCGGUGAAGAUGGGGCGUGGUCAGAGGGUUUCCAUGAUUCUGGAUCCCACAGUUUGCUUUGAUAGCCACUGGCCAAAGCAGGAGUUGGCCCGCUAAACCAGAGUGGCUUAUUUCACCAGCUGGAGGCACCGCUGCCCUCUGUGAUGUGAUGAAUAAGUUUGAAGUCCUUGGCAUUGUGGGAGAAGGAGCUUAUGGAGUGGUGCUUAAGUGCAGGCACAAGGAAACCAAUGAACUGGUGGCCAUUAAAAAAUUCAAAGACAGUGAAGAAAAUGAGGAGGUCAAGGAGACCACUCUGCGGGAGCUGAAGAUGCUUCGGACACUGAAGCAGGACAACAUAGUUGAACUGAAGGAGGCGUUUCGUAGACGAGGGAAGCUGUAUCUUGUCUUUGAAUAUGUUGAGCGGAACAUGUUGGAGCUGUUAGAGGAAUUGCCCAAUGGUGCACCACCUGAUAAAGUACGAAUCUACAUCUACCAGCUCAUCAAAGCCAUCAACUGGUGUCACAAGAAUGAGAUAGUGCACAGAGAUAUCAAACCUGAAAACCUCCUGAUCAGCUCUGAGGAUGUCCUCAAACUCUGUGACUUUGGUUUUGCUCGCAACCUGGCUGAAGGAACAGAUGCCAACUACACUGAGUAUGUGGCUACCAGGUGGUACCGCUCACCCGAACUACUGCUGGGUGCUCCCUAUGGGAAGGCGGUGGACAUGUGGUCAGUGGGGUGUAUCCUCGGCGAGCUGAGUGACGGACAACCCUUGUUUCCCGGAGAAAGUGAGAUCGAUCAGCUCUUCACCAUUCAGAAAGUACUGGGUCCUCUUCCCGCCGAACAGAUGAAACUCUUCUACAACAACCCUCGUUUUCAUGGAAUCAGGUUUCCCUCAGUUACUCAUCCCCAGACUUUGGAGAGAAGGUAUCAAGGCAUCUUAUGCGGUCUGAUGUUGGAUUUGAUGAAGAACCUGUUGCUGCUAAAUCCUACGGAGCGUUACCUAACAGAGCAGAGUUUGAACCACCCAGCCUUCCAGCCUCUGAGGCAGAUGGAGAGGCCUCCUCCGACCUCCCCCAAUCCACCGCGUUCCUCAAAGAGGAAGGCACACCAUCAUGGAGAGAACACAGUGCCCACCAGGAGUCACAGCAAGAGUUCUAGCCGUCGCGCUAACAACAAAGAAUGUUCAAGUCUCCCUCGCCAUGGUGACCUCCAUCACCUGGGAAACGAAACUUUCCUUAAUGGAAACAAACCUGUCCCAACAACUUUAAGUCCUACGCUCCAUCCCAAGGUCCAGUACAUGUCCCAGACCCUCAGUCGUUCUGCCUCAUCCAACAAAGACCUAGCUAAUAACAACCUGCCACACCUCCUCAGUCCUAAAGAUUCCAAAGGCAAAAUAGAGUUUGAUUUCAGUUUGGGACCCUCUCCUAUGCUGCCAGAGCAGGGUCACGGGCUUAAGUACGGCCACCCCAAGCCUAGUUCAUCCCGUUCUCAACAGCAACAGCAGCAGCCGCAGCAGCAGCAGCCGCAGCAGCAGCAGCAGCAGCAGCAGCAGUCCAGUCGCCACACGUUUGUGGAAGGCAAGACCAAUACACUGCAGUCUGGAACAGAGAAGCAACAUGGCCGACAUGCCCAUAGUGUGGCAGAUUCUGCCCAUGGAUCCAUGUCAUCUUCCUCUAAGAGUUCAGCGUCUUAUCUCAGCCUGUCCAAAAGCCACAGUGCACUGAGUGAUGCAAAAUCUGUAGGGAACCUUAGCGAUGGGAGACUCCAUCCAGAUGACCCAAAUGCCAAUGCAACAACAGCAAUGGGAGCCGGAGCCCGCUUCUUCCCUGCCAGCUGCUUAGACCUCAAUGCCCCUUCAGGCCCUCCGGGACCUCCAGGCAGCCCCUCUGCACGACACAGCGAUCGCUCCGGGCAUAGCCCUGCCUCUCGUAGUGGUGGCAAUAUCCGCAUGGAGAGCAGCACACUUGACUCCUCUUCUCGACACAAACCAAGACAUAAACCUUUGACACCAGAGGAGGCCAAUGCUCCAGAGCUCUUAGACCCAGGAGGAGCAGGAAUGCCCUCUACUCACACUCUGCCAUCCCCUCAUGAAUCCUACCAUUACGGCCUAGGCUACACGUCCCCCUUCUCAUCCCAGCAACGUCCUCAAAGGCACUCCAUGUAUGUGAGAAGGGAGCGCCACCGCCCUCAUGGAGUAGAAGGGGGGAUGGCAGGUUUGCCUGCACCAGGACAGACGAUACCUACACGUACCAGUAGCCUCCAGCUCCUCUCCCCCCAACUUCAACACCGGACAACCCUCACUGGGCAUUCAGUGAACUCUUCGAGAGAAGACUGCACGGGCGAAAUGAAGAGGGGUGAACAGUCUCCUAAGGACAUGAGCCACCCUUGUGCCACCAUCAAAGAUUCUACGAGGGACAAUACUGCUGCUUUUCUCACACAGCGCUCAAAAAAUGAGGUCAACUUGUAUCAUGACCCUCAUGGUGACGAUGGAGGGUCCUCCAAGGAGAACAGGAUGAUCUUCACAGAGUCUAUGCCUCGAAGAGUUGGCAGCUUUUAUCGAGUCCCCUCCCCUAGACCAGAUAACUCCUCCUCUUUCCAUGAUGCCGUUGUCCAAGGUCGCGGUCCAGUCGUAGCCGUUGCACCUGGGGAUCCUGUUGCCAUGACGAACCAUUCCAAACGUCAGACAGCUUUUGACUGGACUGCAGCAGAAGCAAUGGUCAUGAAUCCACCAGAGCCCACCAAAGAGAAGGAGAAACAAGGCUUCUUCAGAUCCAUUAAGAAGAAAAAGAAGAAGACGCAAAUAACAGACGUGGAGGACGGGAGGAACCCCAGCAUCAAGAAAAGCCUUUUCCCUCUCUUUAGCUCUAGGAAUAGCUUAAAGCACAACUCGGCUGUCAAAGUUCUACCUGUAGUGGCCUCGCCUAUGGUACAACACCAGCCUGCUGCCCCCUACACCACCUCACCAGUUCCUGGUAAUGGACAAGAACACCUGUCACUGCAGAGAGCAUCCAAGUCAUCUUCUCACCAUGGCAGCCGUCGGAAAACCCGCGAGAGAUCCCGAGACAGAGACAGAGAGCGGGAGCAGAGCCGGGACAGAGACAGAGAAAGGGAACGAGAGAGAGAAAGAGAGAGGGAAAGAGGGAGGGAGAGAGAGAGAGUUAGUGACUGGCCCCCAGAUAAACCAGUGGACUCACAUUCCCAGAGCCAACCACUGAAGUCACUGCGGAAGCUCCUCCACCUCUCCCCUUCUCCCUCAAACCAAGGACAGCCUCCUCCGCCUCCCCCGACCCAAGACCUCCGCUUCCAGGCUCCUCUCCCCAACCCCCCUCAGGCCGCCUCCAAAGUGGGCUACACCGAGAGCCGAGGCCACGCAGACAGCAGGGGGCAUACCGGCGUGAGCAGCUCUGCUCAGGCGAAGAGCCGCAAAGCCAGCUACCCCCUGCCAGGACAGAUUGAGUCCAGCUGGCACGUCUCGGCUCUGCAGCGAGCAGAAGGCGGUCAGUACACUCCCGAACAGCUGGGUAUCAAACCAGGCCAGAACGGACCCACAUUUACACGCGCCUCCAGAGCCAGGAUGCCAAACCUCAACGACCUGAAGGAGACAGCGCUCUGAAAGCAUCAACCAUUAUACCGCCUCUGGCGUGGCUCCAUCAUGGUAGAUGC